AUGCAAGUGGAUGUCCACUUGCCCAGCGGUGAUAAUUGCUCCGUGGCCGCCUCGCCGGAGACGCCCAUCAGCGAGCUGAAGGCUGCAGCACAGAAGCAUUUCCAGCGCCGCUUGAAGCUGGUUGCGAAAGGCCGUCAACUCGAUUUGACAGCCACGCUGAGUCAGGCUGGCUUGCAAAAUGGGGAUGUGGUGACUGCGGUUGUGCAGCUCGGCAAACUGGCUGCCACUAAACCGGCGUUUGCUUUGCAUGGCCAUGGUGACGAGGUUGUGACCUGGGGUGAUCCAGAAUGGGGCGGAGACAGCAGCCAGGUGCAAGAGCAGCUGACAAACGUCCAGCACAUUCAAGCAAAUUCUGCUGCUUUUGCUGCCAUUCUUGCAUCUGGGGCUGUUGUGACCUGGGGCGAUCCAGAAUGGGGCGGAGACAGCAGCCAGGUGCAAGAGCAGCUGCAGAACGUCCAGCACAUCCAAGCAGCUCACCGGGCUUUCGCUGCCAUUCUUGAAUCUGGCGCUGUUGUGACCUGGGGUAAUCCAGACCACGGCGCGGAAAGCAGCCAGGUGCAAGAGCAGCUGCAGAGCGUCCAGCACAUCCAAGCAACUGACUGGGCUUUCGCUGCCAUUCUUGCAUCUGGAGCUGUUGUGACCUGGGGUGAUCCAGAAGAAGGCGGACACAGCAGCCAGGUGCAAGAGCAGCUGAGGAACGUCCAGCACAUCCAAGCAAACCACUGUGCUUUUGCUGCCAUUCUUGAAUCUGGGGGAGUGGUGACCUGGGGUCAUCCAGUUCUCGGCGGAGACAGCAGCCAGGUGCAAGAGCAGCUGAGGAACGUCCAGCACAUCCAAGCAACUUAUGGUGCUUUUGCUGCCAUUCUUGCAUCUGGAGCUGUUGUCACCUGGGGUAGUCCAUCCUAUGGCGGAGACAGCAGCAAGGUGCAAGAGCAGCUGACACACGUCCAGCGCAUCCAAGCAACUGCUAGUGGAGCAUUUGCUGCGAUCCUUGAAUCUGGAUCUGUCGUGACCUGGGGUCAUCCAGAGCUAGGCGGAGACAGCAGCCAGGUGCAAGAGCAGCUGAGUAACGUCCAGCACAUCCAAGCAACUCACCGGGCUUUCGCUGCCAUUCUUGAAUCUGGCGCUGUUGUGACCUGGGGUGAUCCAGAAGAAGGCGGAGACAGCAGCCAGGUGCAAGAGCAGCUGAGGAGUGCCCAGCACAUCCAAGCAACUGGCGGUGCUUUUGCUGCCAUUCUUGAAUCUGGAUCUGUCGUGACCUGGGGUCAUCCAGAGCUAGGCGGAGACAGCAGCCAGGUGCAAGAGCAGCUGAGUAACGUCCAGCACAUCCAAGCAACUCACCGGGCUUUCGCUGCCAUUCUUGAAUCUGGCGCUGUUGUGACCUGGGGUGAUCCAGAAGAAGGCGCAGACAGCAGCCAGGUCCGGUGCACGAGCAGCUGA